GCUGAUGACAUCGCCAAGCUGUCGGGACAAUUGCACCUAUCACACGAGGAAGGCUUACAAACUGACCUUGCGGUCGCGAGGUCGAAGGCACGGGAAGAGAAGUUACACAGUGAGCUGGAGCAGGCCCAGCGGCUUUGCGCGCAGCGGGUCUCCAUCAUCAACGACAUUGAGGCGCGCAAUCGCCAGCUUGAGAAACAGUUGCCGCAGCUGCAGAAAAUCUGCAACGAGGAAGCUAAUGAGCUGGCCGCGCAACGAGAGUGCUUGGAGCAAUCACACAAAGAGGAGAUGCAAACAAAAGAUCUUGAGAUUCAAGAACUGAGUGCAGCAGAGCAUGCCUCGGCCGCACGCGCUUCCACCUCGAAGACCGAGGAAUUGGCGCGGGUCGAGGCUCGACUGGACCAACAGCAGCUGGAACUGGUCGCGAAGGCCAACGACAUCGCCCGGCUGAGGGAAGAAUUGCAAAUGUCACGCAGCGAAGGAUUGCAGGGUGACUUGGUGCUUACACGGGCCAAGGCGCGCGAGGAGAAGCUGAGCAGCGAGCUCGAGGAG